GGUUAUUCACGAAUUAUUUAAUGUGAAUAAUAAUACAAAUCUAUUUACUAUGAUAAAAAAUAUAAUACAACAACUGUCAUCAAUCAGUUUGAGGUUAUGUCUUAAAUUCUGAUGUAAAAAAAACGUAAAUAGUUUUGAAUGAUCCUGUUUUAAAUAUUAGCAAAUGUCUACGGUGUCAUAUUCAAUACCAGGACAUAAUUUAAAUAAUCACAAACGCCGUGUGAGCAGUGGAAGUGUUGCAUCUAAUGAAGACGUAGUUCAUAAUCGUAACACGAAAUAUCAACGCACAAGAAUGGAGGAAGAAAAUAUUCAAGAUAAAGAACGUUUUGCAAGUAGAGAAAAUCAUUGUGAGAUUGAACGACGUCGACGUAAUAAAAUGACUGCAUAUAUUACGGAAUUAUCUGAUAUGGUGCCAACAUGUAGUGCAUUAGCCCGAAAACCUGAUAAAUUAACUAUACUUCGAAUGGCUGUAGCACAUAUGAAAAAUCUUCGAGGGACAGGUAACAGAAGUACAGAUGAGCAUUAUAAACCCGCGUUUUUAACUGAUCAAGAACUAAAGCACUUAAUACUAGAGGCAGCUGAUGGCUUCUUAUUUGUUGUAAGUUGUGAUACUGGCCGAAUUAUAUAUGUGUCGGAUUCAGUUGCUCCAGUUUUAAAUUAUCAUCAAAGUGACUGGUAUGGUUCGUGUAUUUACGAUAAUAUCCACCCCGAAGACGUUGAUAAAGUACGUGAACAAUUAUCAACACAAGAACCUCAGAAUACUGGACGGAUUUUAGAUUUAAAGACAGGCACAGUGAAAAAAGAUGGCCAUCAAAGUUCAAUGAGACUAUGUAUGGGAUCCAGACGUGGUUUCAUUUGUCGAAUGAAAGUUGGUGAUAUUGCUGCUGAAAAUAUGGCGUUUGGUCACUUGAAUCGGCUUAAACAACGAAAUAGUCUUGGACCGACUCGUGAUGGGCAAAAUUAUGCAGUCGUCCAUUGUACAGGAUAUAUAAAAAAUUGGCCACCGACAGAUAUGUUUCCUGGAGUUGAUGAUGACCUUCAUAAUUCAACACAUUGUUGCCUCGUUGCAAUUGGCAGACUUCAGGUUACAUCAUCUCCAAACACUAGUGACCUUUCUGGAUCAAAUAACAACAGUGAAUUUAUAUCAAGACAUUCAAUGGAAGGAAAAUUUACAUUCGUUGAUCAAAGAGUAAUGGGUAUUUUAGGAUAUUCGCCACCCGAACUACUUGGUAAAAGUUGUUUUGAUUUCUUCCACCCAGAAGAUCAAACACAUAUGAAAGAGAGCUUCGAUCAAGUAUUAAAAUUAAAAGGACAAGUAAUGUCUGUAAUGUAUCGAUUCCGUAUAAAGAGUCGUGAAUGGAUUUGGCUUCGUACAUCAGCCUUUGCAUUCUUAAAUCCAUAUACUGACGAGAUUGAAUAUAUAAUUUGUACAAAUACCACAGCAAAAUCGUUACAUAAUACCGGUGGUCCAGAAAGUACAGUUAUACAAACUGAACCGAAUUCAGGUACAGAACAAAUUAGCUAUCAGUCUCAAGUGCCCUCCGGAUUGGGUUUAGAUUAUAGUUUACAAACUCGACGUGAUCCUACGCCAAUGUAUACUUCACAUAUGAUUACAGCACCUGUUACACAUAAUUUACAACAAUCCCGUCCAGCUAGCAAUCAACAAAAUGUAUAUGGUACCUAUGAGCCGACUCCAAGUCCCAUUACUUAUGGAUCACCUUCUCAAGUCCCACAAAAUACUGGUAGAAUGUCCAAAAAUAGAUCGAGUAGUCCGGGGCCAAUACAAGCUCAAAGUGCUUGGCGACAAACGGUUGUUACAGAAGGUUAUCAGUACAGUCAACUGAAUCCAAGUCCAACUAGUAGAUCAUCUCCGGGAGGUGGAGGUCCAACUUAUACUCAAUUGAGUGGUGGUACAAGAGUAUCACCAUAUCAAACAACUGGUGUACCUCCAGCUCAACCGACACAAGGUGGGCAUGGUAUGUGGACAUGGCCACAACAAGCCGGUCCAGGGAAUCAAACGUCCGAUGCAGUGACACCAGUAACAGGUGCACCAGUACAAACAGGAGCUAAUGGUGGGCAUGAUAUGACAGAUAUGUUGCAAAUGUUAUCAGAUCCUGGAGCAGCAUCUACUUUUGAAGAUUUAAAUAUGUUUAAUACAAACUUUGAGUGAAUUUAUAAAAAAUGAUUCACGUGUUAAUAUAAAUUUUAGUUCAAGUGGAUUAUGCUUAAAGUUAGUUCAUAAGCUGCAACUCCUAAUAUUAGCGCACAUAAUUCUUUUUAAGUGGAGAACGCCUAAAACUUUGUAAUGUAAUUCAUAUUUUAAAGUAUUUUUAAUUUUUAAUUAUGAUAACGAUAUGAAUAAUCCCGUAAGAAAUAUAGUUUUUUUUAAGUGAUAAAUAAUGAAUUUUUUUUAAGUGAUGAUAUGUAUACAUUUAUAAUAUCACAAGGAAAUCAAGUGAUUCAAUCCCGUGUCCAGGUGUAAUGACUAUAACUAUCGAAUAUUUGAGAAUCUACAUUGAUCAAAUGCCAUUUCUGAAAUCGCUGUUUUCUCGGAGCUAUUAUUUAUCAGAAUCAAAAACAAUAUAUGUACUUAAAUUCUUUAUUAAACUCAAGUUAUCGGAAAACCAAAAUUAGAUCAAUAUUUUAUCAGAAAAUUAAACAACGUACGAUUGAAUUAUAUAAGAAGAAUAUAAUUUUAAAAUAUCUAAAUUAUUUACAGCUCUUAUAGGCAGAUAAAAAUAUUCCUCAAUGUUUAUAAAGGCGCUUACAGCUUUUAUAUGUAAAUUGGUUUUCACUUAAUAUUUCUGAGAUUAUUGAUUUUGAAAGAUCUGGAUCACAAAUGAGAUCAUGAUGUCAAAUAUAAAUCAAAUUUUGAGUAAAAGCCAAUCUAAAUAUAAAAACUGUCCCGGGCCCUUAUUUAUAUUAUUUUUUAUAAAAAAAAUCAGUACCGCUUUCUUAUUAAGAUAAGCAAAAUGUCAAAUUUAAGAUACCCCACUUUAAGUAGACAUUUCGCUUCAGUACAAUUGUGCUGAUUUGUGAAUAAGCGUACAAUUGGGCUUUUUUCCCUUAAAAAACAACCAAUUUGCACUGUGGUAAUACUCGUCUAUAUACAAAUCUCCAUAUUUCCUGUGAUACAAAAUUUUAAAAUAUUUUAUAUUUACUGAAAUUUAGCUUUUGCAAUAACUUUUUUACAAUUCAGUAUUCUUCAUUUGACCAUUUUUCUUAAUCAUUAUGAAUUUUUAAGUUUAAGCAUUUUAAGUGUGUAAUAUAUUAGUUGACAAAACGAAACAUUUAAUCAAUGGAAUAUGUCUGUAACAGUUAUAGAGAAAACCAUUUCACGUGUUAUAUACCAGAUAAACAUUAGAUACUUUGUUCAUGAUAAUUUUAAAUUUUUUCUAAAAAACUUGUAUCGUUCGACUUCAGGUAUUACUUAUGUUCUUAUUGAUGCUAAGGGGUACUUUCUUGUAGGUGUAUAAUAUUUAACAAUAUUUUACUUUUCACUUUAAGCUUUAUUUUGUCAAGUCUCACUGAAUCAAUUUUUAAUCAAUAAGAUACUCACCCAUUAAAAAGUUUUAUUUUUCCGCUUGUGUUUUAUUACAUCGAUGAAAUAAAAUAGUAUCCGGCCUUUCCCAUAAUUAUGUUGUCCAUAGUACUGCGCCUAUUUAUCGGCAUAAUAACAAUCAAAUAGGCAUGCUUGUAAUUUAUAUUAAUUAUGAAAUGAGAAUUUAUCACUUUCUCGGUUUUAGUGUAGGAACCUUCCUAUUUUUUAUUAUACGAAGCUCUGCAAAAAAUCACGUUUCAUGUCCUAAUCUAAAGCAUUUUUUAUUUUCUAUGCAAUGUUUACAAAAAAUAGCCAUAUUGUUACACCAUCUUUGAUCAUGGCGAUC